AUGAAGAUCUGCAAGCCUAUUGAUACUCCCUUGUCAGUGUCUGAAAAAUUGUCAGUGGUUGAUGGUGAGCCAUUGAGCAGUGAAGAUUCUACUCGCUACAGAAGUAUUGUUGGUGCAUUGCAGUAUAUUACUUUGACUAGACCUGAUAUUGCUUUCUCUGUCAAUAAGGUCUGCAAUUUUCUUCAUGCACCAACUACUGUUCACUGGAUAUCUAUGAAGCGCAUAUUGAGAUAUCUUCAAGGUACUACAUCUCUAGGCUUGCGGUUGAGUAAGUCAUCGUCUACUUCUGUCAGUGCUUUCUCGGAUGCUGAUUGGGCCGGGUGUCCUGAUGAUAGAAGAUCCACAUGCGGUUUUGCUGUGUUUUUGGGAUCAAAAUUGAUCUCAUGGAGUGCUAGAAAACAGGCUACGGUGUCUAGAUCAAGUACUGAAGCUGAGUACAAGGCAGGGCUAAUGCUACAACUGAAGUUAUAUGGGUGCAAAGUUUGCUUGCUGAAUUGGGUGUGUCACAGGAUCGAGUAG